AUGAAACGCAACGACAAAGUCCAAAUCAUCUCCGACCAACUCCCUCCAUCCCUCCGCUACCGCCUUGCUUCCCUUAUCGGAAAGGAAGCAGCUACUUUCCUAUGGAACGCCAACAAACAAUUCCGCCUUGACGAACCUGUGCUCCACAAACUCCGAGCCAUCAUGCACAGCCUCGAAACAGAGACAUGGGAAAUCUACAUUCCUCAGAUGAUCCCUAGAGACCCCCAUUUCACGUCGUACGGGGAUGCGAGCUUCCUUGGAGGAGGCGCCUAUUCUGACAAACUUCUAUUUUGGUUCCGCAUCGUUUGGAGCCCCGAUAUUGUUGCUGGUACAAAACUGAAAGCCAGCAACCCCAACUACGUCCACAUCAACAGCCUUGAGUUCUUGGUAGCCUUUCUCCAGGACGUUGCCACAGUUGUCCGCCUUGAAGGAACUUCCCAUGCCCAUCCAGGCCUGGCCCACAAAUUCCCCAACGGAUUUUCCCAAUUCCCAGUUCUGCUCACUGAGAAAUGGAUGAAUGAUGCCCGCACCAACAGCCCUUUUGCAUGCCUUUUGGUCAACUUGCAUGGUCAGCUCCUCAAACGCUCCCCUCUGACUGCUCUUUCUGAUCAUACCCCUGGUGAUAACAACUUUGCUGCUGAUUUUAUUUCCUGCCCAAACAAAAAUAUUGGCGACCAAACAACCUUUGACGGCAUUCCCAUUGCAUUUUGUGUCAACGAUGUAACCUGUUUUGACAAGUUCAAACGCAAAGUAUCCAUUUCCGACUUCCUUCAGAAUCCAGACCUUGUUUGGCGCAUAAAAACGCGUUUCUCCCAUCAGAAGAAUGGUAACCAUGGGGAAGAAAAACUUUUUAUUCGCAGCGAAAAGUCCCCACUCCGUUGCUACAUCCGUCGGAUGCAGUCCAUCCUUUCCCGGUUUGACCGAUUAAUCGGCAUCACCAAAACCAAUGUCCCCCUUGCAGUAUACCAAGAUGGCGCCUGCGUCCUCUUCCUUCAUGAUGCAGAAAUCACCCGUGUCAUGCGCCAUGUUGCUUGUUCGCUCUACAACCUAGACCCCAAAAAAGAUAAGAUCCAGUAUUCUUCCCACUCUAUCCAAGUUGGCGCCUGUGUCCUCCUCCACACCUCCGGAGCAACCACUGACCAGAUCAAGUUCCUCCUCCGAUGGAAAUCCCAUGCCUUCAUGGCAUGUUGCCCAUCUGUGCAUGUAACUAAAUGA